GAUAAAAAAAGAAGACCUAAAGAUAAUGGAAGAGAACAUUGUGAAACUAGUCCAACGUGCUACGGUCACUGAAGAGAUACCAAUUGAGCAUACAAAAGAAAAGCAGAAAAAAGAAGAAAACAGGAAAAGCAAUUCUAUACAUAGAUCAGUAAAUACAGACCACUCUAAUAAAAAUUGCAUUGCAAAAAAACUAAGUAUCAUUAGGAAAAAACCGUCUGAUUUGAGCCCAAAAAAACCAAAUAAAAAUAUUAUUAUGGGUCUACAAAUAGAAAAACCUGUAAAGCCUUAUAAGAAAAUAGGACGGUCAUAUGCGGUCAAUUUGUGUUUGUGUGGUUCACAGAAAGACAAAAAAAGUUUGAAACAGAAUACACUAGACAUUGAAAAUAGAAAAAACUUAAAAAUAGUUCUACCUAAAGAUACGCUCAGUACAAAACGGACUAAACCAAUAGCUUCCCAUGAGCCACCAGUUGAUAUAAAUAUAGGAAAAAAGAUUAAGGCCCAUCCUCUUUGUCAAAGUAACGCCGUAUGUUUUCAUAAACCACCGUCCAACACUUCUAUAGACAAACUACUUGAAACUUUGGCUAGAUGGAAAUGUGACUUAUCUAAUAUUGAUAGUAAAUGUAACCGUGGAACAAAAAGGAUGGUUAAUGUAAAUCCUAAUAUUGACACUAUAGAAGAUGAAAAUAAAGACUUAAAGCCUGACGUGAAAAAAGAAAAAGAAACAGAAAAGAAAUUAACUAAAAAUGUUUCUACCAAAUGUUCCAAAAAGGAAACAGAUGUUCAAUUCCAGACAAAAAAUAUAUCUGCUAAUGUUUCAAGAGACAUUGAAUUUCAAAGCAGCAUGCCCGUAAACACAGAAUCUGAAUACAUGGGUGCUGUAAAUCUAGAUAAAAGUAAUGAACUCGUAUGUAGGUGUUUUGAUGGCGUCGGAAGUAACCAAGAACAAAGUAAGGAUCAACAGUCUACAAUUUUAAAGUGCAUCGAUUCUAGGAAAUGUUGUUGUCGAAAAUCUGACCUGAAAAAUACACAAAAUUUUGAUAUUACACCUACUGUAUUAGAACAAAACAAAAGUGAAAUAACACCUGAAGUGAAAAAAAAUUCAGAAGUUGAAAUUCCAAAGGAAAGCAAAUUAGAGUCGGACAUCAAUCAUAUUGUAAAAACGUCCUCAUUAUUUCCAAGUGACUGUGAAUACUGUAUUAAAUUUUUAGGUGUAACGUUGACAAAUGCAACUCCUAAUAAAGUUGUAGCCGAAAAAGAUAUUUGUCCAAACAAAGAUCAUUCAUUACCUCAAAAAAAAUGUCCCAAACGACGGAACAACCAACCCGAAGUAUGGUUCAAUAAUUUAGAUAUGAACACUAAUAAGAGUACACCCCCUGCUAUACAACCUACAUGUUCCAGUAGUGUCAAAGAUGAUGAAUUUAAGAACUUAUCAGGAGAUGUUGGUACAAAACAGCAUGGUGAUUAUUGCAAGAACAAAGACAAAUCUCUCGAUACGCAAAGUUUAAAAGACACCACUGAGAAAGAUAGUUGUGUAUGUUGCAAUGUAGCUAAAAUAGACGAAUCAAAAGAAUUAGAACUUAAUGCUUUCCAUUUGUUAGAAACACAUUUACGAGAAAAGUUAGAAGAAUUUAAAUUAUCUAAUUGUAAAUCUUGUUGCAUUCCACCUAAGGAGGAAGAAAAACUAUUUUCGGCAAUAUUACAAAGAGUCAAGCAAAUAAUUACUGAUAGUACUAGUGUCAUAGCUUGCAAAUGUGCUCCUAAAAUUCCAGCUGAGGGAAGCUGGCAUAGAGCUUACAUGUUAUUGCAAGAAUACUUAAAAAUUAAGAUCAAAAGAGUUCAGUGCUUAUGCCUGUCAACAGAAGAUGACAAACAGGCUGUGUUACCUAAUGUGAUGGAAAAAGUAUGUACGUUAAUAGAUAACGACUUUCAAAGAUUGAAAGCGAUAUGCAAGUGUAGAAUUAAAACAGAUGGUUUAGAUCAAAGUCCUAAUACUGAGUGUCCAGAAAAAGAGAACUGUCGGACUCUUGAAGAUCAAAUCGAUACAGCAGCUGACUUACAAAACACUGAAAAAAUUAAUAAAGAAGUAUCUAAUAGAUCACUAAUUUUAACUCAAAAUAUAUCUUCGCAAUCACCUAAGAUAGAAAUGGAAACUAAAUCAUGUGAUAUUAUAGAAAUGUUCAAUGAAAACAAUGGACCCCAUAAAACAAACACAUGUUGUGGAGUGACGAAGUUCAAUAACUGCUUUUGCGUAGAAUCUUCAAGAGUAGGUAAAUCGUACGUUGAAUUUGGAACCCAAGAAGUUUUGGUGAAUCAGUGUAUUAAUGUUCUACAAGAAGUCAAAGAAGUUUCUCUCCCAACUGAUUUGAAAACAGUCCAAUAUUCAGAUCAAGAAAAACGACUUGUUAUUAGUAAUAAUGAGCUACAUUCGGUACUUUCUCCUGAACUCGAUAAGAAACCAGACGUUCGGAAAUCUACUCCUUAUAUCGGUUAUACUGUAGAUUGUUCUUGUAACGGUGUAUUAGGAACCUGUACUUGUACGAAGUCUAUUAUUUCUGGAAAAAAUGAUAACAUUAACAGUAUUUGGAACACCUUAACAAGCAAUAAACUGCGUUAUAGUGAUAUUUCUUACAUAAUGGACGCUGUGCCAAAUAAAGGUUUAAACGAAGUUAAUGACCUCAAAAAUACGCAUCAUCCAAUUAUACCACAGCCGAUAACUAAGUUAACGUGUGAUACAAAAGUAAGUGCCCAAGAUUGCGAAGGAGUGAUUUUAAAAGAUUCAAAAAUGAAAUUGAAUAAAACUUUUCUCUCAACUACUACUUCAGGUACAGAUGUCAGUUUUGGCCAAGAUUUAAACUCUGAGGAACCCAUAGAUUGGUGCGACUGUAGUAGCAGUAUGAAACCAAAAACGCAAAAAAUAAAUAAUAUUAGUGAUAAUACAGGGGUCGAUUCUUUAUAUUAUCCCCUUCGUAAUGUAAUGAAUCAAGAUAAAAAUGAGAGUCUCGUGAAAUCUGAUCCAGUUGGAUCUUUGUCAUCGAAUUGUGAUUGCAAUAUGGUGCCUAUGUGUCAUGUAAAAAUGCUGGUAGAAAAUAUUGAGAAUAAGUUGAUGCAUUCCAAGUGCACGUGCGAUUCAUUGUGUUCAAAAAUUUGUCCCGUGCACUCUAAGAAACUUUAGAACUAUAUUAAUUUGUAGUAAAUUGUGUAAAGUAGAACGCUUCAAUAUUUUGUAUUUUAGAACUAAAAUCAGUGGUGAUAGAAGAAACCUAAUUUACAUAAUGUUUCAAAUUAUU